UGAAGUCACUCAAACAAGGUCGUUGUAACAGCAGCAGUUAAAGAUGAUGUCCCUAGCUGCCCGAUCAGGGGCAUUUUCCCCUUAUAUGCAGGCUACGGCGUUUACAGUCGCCGGACCCCUGAAAGCGCUGGUUCCCGGGGUUGUUAUGAAGGGAGAAAAGGUGUUGAUGGACCCGAAGAAACCGUUCCUUUGCCGCGAGUCGCUAAAUGGCCAAAGCCCGAAGACGGGGCCUGCUGUAACAGCUAGCAUUAGCGGCUCUGCCGGAGUCCGAUUCGCCCACACAGACAUCAAGGUACCAGACUUCACCGAGUACAGGCGUCCACAGGUGGUCGACCCCCAAAAAUCAUCGCAGGACAGCAGUGAACACAGGAAAGUCUUCUCUUACAUGAUGACGGGAGCUACAGCUGUAGUGAGUGUCUACGCUGCCAAAACGAUGGUCACAAAGUUUGUGACCUCUAUGAGCGCCUCGGCCGAUGUCAUGGCCUUAUCUAAGAUCGAAAUCAAGCUCAACAAAAUCCCCGAAGGCAGUAACAUGACCUUCAAGUGGCGAGGUAAACCUCUGUUUGUACGUCACCGCACUGAGAAUGAGAUCGCUGCAGAGGCUGCUGUCAACCUCGCCGGGCUACGACACCCUCAGCAUGACAAGGACCGGGUCGUGAAUCCCAAAUGGCUCAUUGUCCUGGGAGUGUGCACGCAUCUGGGCUGUGUGCCUAUUGCUAAUUCUGGUGAUUAUGGGGGAUACUACUGCCCAUGUCAUGGCUCUCAUUAUGAUUCCUCGGGUCGCAUCAGAAAAGGCCCUGCCCCUCUCAACCUGGAGGUUCCCUACUACGAGUUUCUAGAUGAUGACACMGUGGUUGUGGGAUAAACAGCACUCACUAUACCGAGAUGGCUCAAUACUUCAGCUUUCCGUUYAAACAUAAAGAUGUACAGUAGUCAGAAUGUGUUGAGGUAGCUGCUGCUGAUGCAGCAUCUCGUUCAAACAUAGCAACACAUCUGCCAGCAGUUGCUGUUACUGUCAUACAGUCCUGUUAAACAUGACCGUGAAGGCUGAUGUCUGCUUUACUCUGGUCUUUUAAAUACACACAUAAAAAAUCUACAGUAAACUAAUUGGUCACAAUGAAGAAGCCAUCUCCUUGUUUUCAUCKGUCAGAAAUGUAAAUGUAAAAUACAACACCUGCUUAUCUUAUGGUAAAAUCCAUCCUGUUAUCAGAAAAUAUGUUGUGCUCAGGUGUGGUCAAUAAAAAUUAUUAUAUUUGACAACAGU